ACCUAAUACAGAGAGAACGUCUGAGGGCGAAAUUGAAGUGUAUUAAUCUACCUCCGAGUUCGCGCAGGAAUGGGCGUGCCCACAGUGAUUGACAUGCCGGAGGGCGGUGAUUAACAGCAGGGUGCCGUGAUUGACACGCAAUGCAAAUAUAACGGGCAAUGCAGAGAGUCUCCAGACUGAAGCGAGAGCUGUUACUUCUGUCCACAGAGCCACCACCUGGCAUCACCUGUUGGCAGCGAGAAAACCAGAUGGAUGAGCUGCAAGCUCAGAUCCUUGGUGGUGCGAAUACACCGUAUGAAGGGGGAGUUUUUAGCCUUGAGUUGCUGAUACCGGAAAGGUACCCUUUUGAGCCCCCUAAGAUACAUUUUCUGACUCCAAUCUAUCAUCCAAACAUUGAUUCAGCAGGAAGGAUCUGCUUAGAUAUUCUGAAAUUGCCACCCAAGGGAGCAUGGAGGCCAUCACUGAAUAUAUCCACAGUACUGACUUCAAUCCAGCUAUUAAUGGCAGAACCCAAUCCUGACGAUCCUCUCAUGGCUGAUAUUUCUUCAGAGUUCAAGUACAACAAACAAAUCUUUGUAGAGAAAGCCAAAGUGUGGACACAAAAGCAUGCAUCCCAGAGAAACAAGGGUCUGGAUGAUCAGAAUGCUGAUGGCAUUUCUGCAGAAGCAGCUUCCUCAGAUGACAUGUCUGGUUCUAGAAAACGGCAAACCAGCGACAGCUGUAAUAGCACUAAAAGAGUGUGUCUGUAAUCCUCAUUGCCUGAUAUGAUUGUAUAUACACUGUUUUUUUGUUCAUGUAUCUUAUGUAUUUUUUGUGAAUAUUUUGUAGGAACACAGUGAUGUUUAUUUGCAGCUAUUAAAUUGUAUAAGCCA